UGUGGCCCUCGCCGCUCCUUCUCGAUCCGCCGCUCCGCACCCGUCACUGCCGGUCCGUGCCCUGCCUCGCUAGUCACCUGCCCUCCGCACCUGCCGCCGCCGCCCGCUUCCUCCGCGCCAGCAUGUCGCGCGAGAACAAGGCCGUGCUCAUCGUGCACGGCUCGCACACGCUGCGCGCCGGCUACGGCAUCCACAACGACCUCUUCCGCCGCCCCGCCUACGAGCUCACCGCGCGCGUCGGCCUGCCGCGCGCCUUCCUCGCCGCACGGGCGUCAACCUCGGCCGAGGGCGUGGCAGCGCUGCCAGCGGCGGAGGACUACGUCGUCGGCGACGAGCUCGACCAGCGCAUCAGCGCCGGCGAGCCGUUCGAGAUCUACUGGCCGGUGCGGCGCGGCGUGAUCCAGGACUGGCAGGCGUGCAUCGCGCUGUGGCGGCAUCUGCUCUUCCGCCUCAUGCCGCUGCGGCCGAGCCUCAACGACUCGCCCAUCCUCCUGGCGCUGCCGGCGCCCGUCUCGCGCGCGGCGCACUCGAUCAUCACGCGCGUCUUCUUCGAGCUCUUCAACGCCCCGUCGCUCAGCAUCGUCGAGACGCCGCUGCUGAGCUCGUACGCCUGCGGCACCCUCUCCUCCGUCGUCGUCGACGUCGGCUGGGAGAGCUGCAGUGUCUCGCCAGUGCUCGACUGUGCAGUGCAGCAUGCGGCGCUGACGCGCUGCAACGUCGGCCUGCGGCACUGUGCCCUCUACCUGGCACACCUGCUGCGGCGAGAUGCAUCCCUCACGGAUGCCCUCAUCAAGCUGGACUCGCGGCACGCGGCCUCGACCAGCCGGACGGGCGAGAGCGCUAGCGAUGCCCAGGAGACGCUGCAUCAGUCCUUCGCUGCAUUGGCGCUGCAGCUCAUCCACGAGAAGCACGCACGCUUCGAGGCCGGCGACCUGCCUGCCGGCGCCGAGCAGCAGAACGACGACGAGGAGUUUGAUGUUGCGGCGGCGCUCAUUGCUGGGCGGGAAAAGGCGGCCAUCGAGGAGCAGGAGGCGCGCAACAAGGCGGCGCUGGCGGGCUCGGAUCCAGAGGCACAGGCCAUCGCGGCCAAAGCGGCGUCGCAGGCCAGCAAGCCGAGCGACGAUGUGCAGCCCGGAGCGAAUGACGAGGAGGGUGCGGUGCAGACCGUCUUCCGCGGCGUCAGGCUACAGGUCGGGCCCGGACCAUUGGGCCAGGUCGCUGAGCCUCUGUUCAACCCUGCCGUGCUGGCGAACGUGCGCGGCAUCGACAGCGGGCCGGACCUGGGCCAGCGCUGCUUCGGUGCCGGCUCGCUGCCGGACGAGAACAUCGAUCUGGACGCGAUGGAGCGCGCGCAGGGCUCGAGUGCGCCGGCCGCGUCUCGCUCGCUGCCGGAGCUGAUCAGCAUCGCGAUUGCCUCGAUCCCCGAGGACGACAAGCGAGCGCUGCUCUGGGAGACGCUCGUCGUCACGGGCGCGCCGACGAUCGGGCUCAAGGGCCUGGCAGGCGCCGUCACGGCCGCGUGUGCCAACUACGUGGCGUCGGCCUCGAGCAACAGCGGCGGCGGCAUGGGCAUGAUGACGGGCGGCAUGGAUGGCACGCCAGGCAUCGGCGCCGCAGAGCGCAGCUCGGCGCAGCCGACCAACGUGCGCAGCCUGCGCGUGCCCGACUACUUUGCCGAGUUCAAGGAGCGCACCGACCUGGCGCCCUUCCUCGGCGCCACGAUCUACGGCAAGCUCACGUUCAGCGACCCCUCGGGGCGGAACUACGUCAGCAAGGCGGCGUACAACGAGCGGGGCCCGGCCGCCUCGUUUGCCGUCCUGUCGGCAUGA